CCCCCAAGACGACCACCAAGAGGGAAGCAACCUGAUGGUUGCCCACCAUGUUUCAACUGUCUCCUCCCCGCUUUCUCAUGUGCCAACGCUGGCGAAUGUAAUCCUUACGAUGGACAAUGUAGAUGUCCACCAGGGUUUGGGGGACAAGAUUGUCUUACUCCUUUAUGUGGGGCGUUGAGCGAUGGAGAUGAGAGAUAUCCUCGACCAGAAGGAGAGUUGUGUCAAUGUAAAGAUGGAUGGGGAGGGAUAAAUUGCAAUGACCGAAAGAUCAUAGACACAAUACCGGAUAACAAACCUCCCCAAGUCACCUUUUCUUGUACAGCUGACGAACCGUCUUCCAAUUCGACCCUCCCCACAUCCUGGGACCAUCCCCUCUUGACACCCUUCCAGGGCGCUUCUGAAGUCGGAGAUACAGCCUUGGGAACUUGCGAGUUUCAGUUUUGGGUGGACAGGAUAGAGAGCUUUUACUGCGAGUUGCAGGAAUGCAGUUGGCAGAGCAAGGAGAACUAUGAUUCUAAUCAGACCAACUACAAAUGUAACAAGAUUGAUUGCACCUGUGUGCCUGGUCGUUUCCUAUGCGGCGAAGAUGGGAGUGUCAACAUCGACGAUUUCCUCGCCGAAGAGGUCAAGGGUCCUGGUUCAUUCAACUGCGAGUCUGGCAAAGGUUGCACUUUUGAAGAACCGGCAAUGAAUCAGCUCAUCAAUGAUAUUUUCGGUGACAGGGCUAUCACGCUUGAUUGUGCAUCGGGGGAAUGCUUGCAUUACACUCAGGUGCCAGGAUAUCAACGUCCCGCACCGCCGGACAACAGCGUUCUGGUCGCUCUAUCUGCAGCGGCUGCUGCGGCAAUCUUCAUUCUCAUGUGUUUCGCGCUCUGGUAUAUCGGUCACGCUCGUCGUUCCGACACUCUCGGUGUUCAGCUUCCCGAAGACGAAGCCGCCAAACUCAUGACCGAUCACGUCCCGGCCACUUUGCACUUCUCCAACAUCUCCUAUCAACUUUCCUCCGGCAAACAAGUCCUCUCUCACAUCACCGGCACCGUCCGACCUGGUGAGCUAUUGGCUAUCAUGGGAGCCUCUGGUGCUGGAAAAUCCACUCUGCUCGACAUUCUCGCUCGUAAAGCCAAAACCGGUCGAACUACCGGCGAGUUGUACGUGAAUGGUAUGGACAUACCUGAUGAGACUGUUUACCGGCGUGUAACAGGUUAUGUUGAUCAAGAAGACACGCUUCUCUCUACUUUGACGGUAUACGAAGCUGUCCUCUAUUCCGCCCUCCUCCGUCUUCCGCGGGACAUGUCCCACCAAGCUAAAGUGUUUCGAACACUGGAGACGAUGAACGAACUUGGUAUCCUCGGUAUCAAAGAUUCCCGUAUUGGAGAAUCUGGCAAGAGAUCAAUAUCAGGUGGAGAGAAACGUCGAGUUUCGAUAGCUUGUGAACUCGUCACUGGACCUUCGAUUCUUUUCCUAGACGAACCCACAUCCGGAUUAGAUAGCUACAACGCUUACAAUGUCAUUGAAAGUUUGAAGACAUUAGCAAAAACAUAUAACAGGACUGUCAUCUUCACGAUACAUCAACCUCAAUCCAACAUUGUAGCAUUAUUCGAUCGUUUAUUAUUACUUGCUAAAGGACACGUUGUGUAUUCAGGAGAGAGUAAACGAGCUCAACAACAUUUCGAAGGUAUAGGACAUUCUUGUCCAUUAGGAUAUAAUAUAGCGGAUUACUUGAUAGAUCUUACUGUGGACGCUGCUGGUGAUCAUAAACGUCCUUCCAACCCUUCUUCCAAUAUUCAAACAACUGUGAAUGGGUCUUCUACUAGAAAUAGUCUUGAUCCAGAAAAUGGAUUCUCGAGACCUCAACCCACUAGUUCGAAUGAGAACGAAAAUGAUUCGGAAGAUGAAGACAAUGUGGAAGAAAGACAAAAUGUUAUUGGUGAAAUCAAGAAAAAAGCUCAACAGAUAUUAGGAGCUUUCACAACUUCAUCAUCUGGUAUGUCGACUCCGACCGAUGAUCAAAUACCGGAGAAAUUGGCCAGUUUGGUUUUGGCGGCAAGGGCGAGUGAUGAUGCUAAGAUUGUAGAGGCUGAAGUUAUGAGGAUACAACAAGGUUUAGAUCCGGAUGGGAGGUAUACCGAGGGAAGGGAUUUGGGAGAGUUGAGAGGUUAUAAAAAGGCUAGUUGGGGUAGACAAUUUGUUCUACUUAGUGGAAGGGCGUUUAAGAAUUUGUAUCGAAACCCUCUGCUCAUGGCGACUCAUUAUGCAGUGGCUAUCAUAGUCGCACUGAUCUGCGGUUUCUUCUUUUACCACGUUACCAAUGAUAUUCCCGGAUUCCAAAAUCGUCUAGGAUUAUUUUUGUUCAUCCUGAGUUUAUUUGGGUUUUCAUGUUUGAGCUCUUUGGGGGUGUUUGCGAAUGAACGUAUGUUGUUCAUGAGGGAACGUGCAAACGGUUACUACGCGCCAUCCUCUUAUUUCGCCUCAAAAGUCUUAUUCGACAUGCUCCCUCUUCGAGUCAUACCACCUUUCGUACUCGGCUCAAUAGUUUACGGUCUUGCCGGAUUGAAUCCGGACGUAUCAUCAUUUUGGAAAUUCAUAAUGACUCUUGUAUUAUUCAAUCUGACAGCUUCGUCUAUCGUCUUGUUCUUGAGUGUUGCCGUUGCGGAUUUAGGUGUGGCGAAUUUGUUAGGUAGUUUGGUCAUGCUUUACAAUCUCCUGUUCGCAGGAUUAUUGAUGAAUUAUGACAGAGUACCUAACGGUUUGAAAUGGAUGCAAACGCUUUCCUUCUUUCAUGCGGGAUACGAAGCUCUGUUGGUGAAUGAAUUGAGGUAUUUACAAUUGAUUGAAAAGAAAUUCGGUUUGGAUAUUCAAGUUCCUAGUGCUACCAUAUUUGCUAUCUUUGUUUUACUCAGUUAUCUAGUAUUGGAAUUUGGUGUGAAAGAGAGACGUUGA